AUCUCUGGGUUUGGACACAUCAGCGCAAGCAGAGAGUGAAGAAAAUGCAGAGAAUGAUGCAUCAAAACCUUCAUUCUUGUUUUUUCAUAGUUUUUCAUCAGGUAUCACUAUGAUCUUUUAUUUUCCCUGUUAUGCAGCUACAUCCACUUGUGAUCCUAAUAUUUUGUUCUUUCCCAGAUUUCCACACAAUCAGUUCAACACAAGCAAUGCUGCUUCCUGUUGGUGCUUCAUGUUCCUUGUUGUUCAUGUUUUUCUUCUUUGACAAAUUUCAAUCAAUAUUUGCUUUGUGCACAGUAGGUAUGUGUUGAAAGGUGAAAUAAAAGCCAGAUGAAACAGUGGCUCAUACUGUAUGCAUAGAAAUAUUGAUGUAUUGUGAUUUUUUUAGUUUUAGGUACGAUAGCUUUCUCAUUUCUUCUCUUGCCAUUGUGUCAGUAUAUUUUACGACCUAUUGCCAACCCUAACUGCAAGUGAGUAAAAAUUGCAAUUGUUUUAUUUAUUUAGAAUAAUAAUAAUAACAUCAAUUCAUUCAUUUAGAAUAUCAUUUUAGAAUAUCAUUUCAAUUCAUUUAGAAUAUAUUUCAAUACAUUUAGAAUAUCAUUUCAAUUCAUUUAGAAUAUCAUUUCAAUUCAUUUAGAAUAUCAUUUCAAUUCAUUUAGAAUAUCAUUUCAAUUCAUUUAGAAUAUCAUUUCAAUUCAUUUAGAAUAUCAUUUCAAUUUAUUUAGAGUAUCAUUUGGGACGUGUGGUCGUUUCACUCAGGCAGAACUUCUUGCUCUUUUUUGUUCUCUCUCUCUUGUUAUGGUGUGGAUGAUGACUGGACAUUGGAUUUUGAUGGAUGGUUUGUUAUAAUUGAUUAUAAAGUUUUGUAGCUUUGUUGGUUGUGAGUCAUCAGUAUAUAACAUUGGGGUUACAUUGUGCCCAAAUGCAGCCUCUGUAAUGCCAGAUGGGAGAGCAUUGCUUCUCAUUCAUUGGGUUAAUUAGACUAACUGCUCAUGUAUUUAGUUUAGUUCCAUUCCACCCAAAUGUGCAAAUGAUUUUACUCUGUCUAAUGUUGUUUAUGAUGUAUCAGCAGACCCCCCUCCUUGACAAAUAACAUCAUCUAGCAUUAGACAGAGUAAAAUCAUUUGCACAUUUGGGUGGAAUGGAACUAAACUAAAUACAUGAGCAGUUAGUCUAAUUAACCCAAUGAAUGAGAAGCUAUGCUCUCCCAUCUGGCAUUACAGAGGCUGCAUUUGGGCAUAAUGUAAUAUGUUGAAAUAUCUUCUAUUUUAGCAUUAGCAAUGGGACUCUGUAUAUCGAUGAUUGCAUAUCUGCGUCUUCCAAGUUUGAAAGUUUCCAUCUUACUUUUACUUGGCUUAGUUGUUUAUGAUGUAUUCUGGGUAAGACUAAAUUUCUUUUCAAAAACAUUUCAAUCUUGUAGGGCACAGUUUUACUACAUAUUAUAUCUUUCCUGUAUAGGUCUAUUUUUCAGUGUACAUAUUUAAAGAUAAUGUCAUGGUGAAAGUAGCAACUCAACCAGCAGACAAUCCAGUAUGUUGAUUCAAUCCAUUUGACGUCCUUCAUACAGUCUUUAGUUGUAAUUUCACUAUGGAAAAUUUCGAAAAUAACUGUCAAUACCCGUGCAGGAUCAAACCAUUUGGUAUUAUUUGAAUAGUACCAUUUUGUUGUAGAUAUCAUUUGUAGCUGACAAAAUAGGAUCAACAACGUAUGAAGAAGUGCCGUCAUCAAGACAUCUUUCAUUACCUGGAAAACUUGUAUUUCCAAGGUGAGAAAUAUUUGUCCUGGUUUAUCAUUGUAUAAGUUUACCCAGCUGGUGUAAACUAUUUUAUUCUUUAUUAUUAAAAUACUAAACAACAAAUGUGCUAGUUUACAAACUAUAAGUAAUCUGAUGUAUCAUUAUUCAAAUUACAAAGUUGAAAAGGCGUCUAUUGAUAAAAGUUCUUUUAAACGAACGCUAGGCAAAAUGAAAUCAUGUCCACAAUGUUGAAGAUGUCUGUGGAAGCUGUUCUUGAUCUUUAGCUAAUCAUUCUUCCACACAGUUUUUGGUCUCUUUCCUGAAUAAUGUCUUGAAUUGGCAUUUUAUUCUUUUCUAGCUACAGUGAACGAGGAAGAAUGUCGAUGUUAGGACUCGGAGAUAUUGUAAGAAUGCCUGUUUUCAAAUAUUUUUUAUUAAUUUAAAACAUUUUUUUGUGAAAACAAAUCUUGCGCUAUAUAUGCUAAUUAGGGACGCAAAGUUAAAGUAAUUGAUUAUUUAGACGUAUUUGUAGUAAUGUUUUUCGAACACUAACAUUUGUUCAUAUUCAGGUGAUGCCUGGUCUUCUUUUAUCAUUUGUAUUACGUUUUGACAACCACAAACGUCAAACGGCCACAAAUUUAAGCGAAGAAUCCAAGAUCAAAUAUUUUCACUGUUCACUUGUGGGAUAUUUUCUAGGUAAGAACGUUUCACGUGAACACGUUAUUUGUAACGUGAAGCCGACAUACUUUUGGGUGAGCACGAUUGGUUUGCUUUAUCACGCUGUGAUGUACUUGAACACGGAAGUCAGCACGAUAUCUUCACAUGACAACAUUCAGUGCAUGUGGAGCAAUAUUAGAGCAAUACGAGAUGACCCAGACCUCUAGAGGUUUACAACUGACAGAGCUAACCAGUAUAAAUAAAGUAUAAGUGUAAGCCAGUGUAAACACAGUCUUAGAUAGAUCUUAAUGUUUGAUUUAGGUUUAUUAACAGCCACUAUAGUAUCAGAAGUGUAUAAGUCAGCUCAACCUGCCUUGCUGUUCCUGGUGCCAUCAACAUUGCUACCUUUACUCGUCAUUGGAUAUUUAAAUGUAAGUGCUGCCUACAUUCUUUGCAUGUUUACUCCUCAUUUUUUACAUAACCCCAAAAUGAGAGAGUGCCGACUUCGAGCAAGUGUAUUUGAUAUACUACUUUAUACGACCUUCUUCGGGAGUUUACGAUGAUUUUCCUCACUAUUCAGGGUGACUUGAGAGAAAUGUGGUCCAACCCGUUUGGUAAUAUUGCAACCAAGCUAAAACAAAUUGAGAUUUGAUGGUGCAGAUGACCUCAGCCUUCUGACAACAACUUGUACGUUUUCAAUGGCUGAGUCUUUCAUUCACUGGCGAUUGUCAAAUGACAUCAGACAACAUAAUGGGUCGUGAAAGAUUUGCGUGGUGGCGUUUAUGGAUGAAGAAGGAAUGAGCCAAGUGGUAACAUUGUCGUCAAGUUUAUCGUAUUCUUUUUAACGGGGCAAGGUGCAACAGGGUAUUUUAGAAAGAUCAAAACUAUAUGUAGAGUAGCUAAAUUUGAGACAACUGUAAUGGCCCGGUCAAACGAGAACAAGAGUUGCAUGAGAGUUGAGUGGAUAUUAACGCGCGCGUUGCGGAAACUCUCAUCAAGUCUCUUAUCCUUGUUUGACCGAAGUAUUCUUGACUAUUUCUUUAUGUGAAUACUGUAUGAAUGUUGUGUUGAUAAUGUGUCUGUACAUAUCACUUCCUGUAAAACUCAAAAUUUACUGUAUAUAACAAAUUUUAUUGUGCAGUGUAAAAAUAUCUGAAAAAUAUUAAAAUAUUUUAAGAGAGAGUUUUGUAUCCCUUUUAUUAAAAUUAUUAAAAUCUUAUACCAAUUGAUAUUUGCAAAAUGAUUGACAAAAUUUUACCUCAUACUGCCUCCCAGACCUCCAGGCCGCGUCAUUAAUGAAAAUGCAAACAACAAAAGUGGAAGUUCAGUUUUCCGGGACGGCGGGAAGAAAACUUGGGAAAGAUAAAAGUUUUAAUUCUAAAAUGAGUUCUGAACUUGAAUUUAGCGAUAUUUGUUUACUAGUUCGAGGAUGUUUGGUAAGUUAAUGCUAUAUAUUUGUUAAAUUUGUAUUCAAUCUGUUUAUCAUUGUAUAAAACAAAAUGCUGCCAUGUUGGUGUAAACACGUGUAGUGGGUUAUAUGUUGAUAUUAAAACAGCUCGAGGAUUUUUGUAGAAAUUUCAAACCAGGAGUAGUUGCGAAAAAUGAAACUAUAUAUAGGCCCUCUAGCAAGAAUUGAACCUGCGAUUCUGAUGCAACGCUUUAAUCAACUGAGCUACAGAGUCCAGUUGACGAGCAUUAACCACAAGCUGGGGUACCAUACCUUAAUACUGGUGUCACCCAGACUAUUUUUAAGAGAAUAGUCGUGAAGUUGAAGUAAGGUAGAAAAGUGCUCAAUACUUUAAUAAGUAAAACGGACAACAUUUACAGCAUGUUUAAGUUGCGAAAAAAGAAAUGUAAAAUCUGUGACAAUGUCAUUAUUGGUGCUACCUUUAAAAGCCAUGUCGAGGGGCGGUCUUUCUGCAUUAACCAUCGCUUCGAUUGUGACUUGGAGGGUAUAGUGUGUUUGAUUAGUUGUAAAUGCUGUGGGUUACAAUAUGUAGGGAAUACUAUAACACCGUUCAGAUUGCGAUUUAAUAACCACAAGAGUGCAUUAAAUAGAUAUGGGCGUGGGCAGAGAAAUAUUUGUGGGCAACAAUUGUAUGGCCAUUUUAGGGAGGAGGGACAUUCAGGUCUAAGUGAUUUUUUAGUGCAGGUUAUUGACGUCACUGACGUUAAUAACCCACUGAGAGAGCUUUUGGAUUGAGAAACUUAGUUCUGUGCCACGUGGGUUUAAUUUGAAGGAAGAGGUUUAAUUAAUUUAUGUAUAUGUAAAUGUUAGAGUAUUUAAGCAAGAGACAGAGAUGAUAUAGCGGUUUUUCUGAAGAAGGGGCUUGCCCUCGAAACAUAAAAAUUCUUACUUUACAUUGAAGUACCUUAAAUAAAAGCUAGGGACCUUAAAUAAAAGCCUUAUGGUUUCUAGAAGGUUCCUAGUAUAGCCCUAUGUAAAUAGUUUCUAUUUUACGAUUUAUUUGUACAUAUAUAUUAAUGUAAUUUGGGUGAAUAAAAAAGAACAAAAACAAGUUUUCAUAUUUGUUUGUUGUUGAUAUUUAUAAAUGAAGAUUUUUUGCAGCUGGCUGUUGAUAUUUAUAUAUUUAUACAUUUGUACAUUUGUACAUUUGUACAUGUAAUAUAAUACAUGUUUUGACAACUGCCUUUUAAAAUUUUUAUUAUUAGUUUGCAUAUAUAUAUAAUUUGCAGACCUGGGUUAGAGCACUGUACUGGAAUCACCGGGCUGCAGGUUCCACUCCUGUCAUAGAGCCUGUUGUUGCAUUUUUCACAAUUGCUCCUAGUUAAUAGGUUUGAAAAUGGUGCGUCAACUUCCAUUCAAAACUUUCUUUGACAAAAACCCUCUUCUUUCAUUCAGAAUGGUGGCAAGUUAAAACUUCAUAAAAAUGGUGUAGUGUUCAAAAACAAUAAGACAGGAAAAGUUGAACAGUUAAAUUCCAGUGACCUUGCCUCGGUAAAAUGGAUGAAAGUUGCAUUUGGAUAUGAAGUGAAGUUUAUCCUCAACACUGGAGCGCAGUUCAAGUUUGAAGGAUUUAAAGAAUCGGUAAGAAGUUAAGCUGGUUUCAGACUUGCUGUUUUGAUAGUUUUAUCUGAUCAUCUGCAAUUUUGGCAAAGUACAAACAUGGCAUUGAGCAGCAACAAUUUCCCCUUGAGGAGUAAAGUUAUCUGCUGUUAGACAGAAACUGCGUUGGGACGCAAUGGGCUAACUGGUUAAUGCAUUGAGCACCAGUGCUAUGUCCUUGAUAAUAAAGUCGUGCUCAUUAGGGUGUAAUACAACUUAUUAAUGAUAUUUUUCAUGAUUUAAUUUUGUUGCAGGAUUUUGAUAAAAUUUCAAACUUUAUCUCAAGUAACUUCAGUACAGAGCUUGAGGAAAUUGAACUUUCUGUGAAAGGUUGGAACUGGGGCAGCACUCAGUUUACAGGUCAGACACUGAGACACAUAUUUCCAUUGCAUAUAUGAAUGAUUUUAAAUUUCCAAACAAAUGGCUUUAAUUUUUAUUUUUAUGUGUGAAAAACAGAUCAAAUAAUUGAACUAAACUUGCUUUUCGGAACUGUUUUGUUUUAGAUUCUGUACUGAGUUUUGAUGUUGACAAUAAACCUGCUUUUGAAAUUCCUUUGAAAGAUGUCUCUUCCGCUACCACAGGUAUAUGUUAAAUAGGCAGAUAUAGACCUGAGCAAAACCCUAACCACGACUGGAAGCCAUAGACAGAUUUUCUAGGGGGCUGUAGGGGGUGCAUAUCCCCACACAAUAUCUUGCACCCCUUUCAAAAGUUUAAUUCCCACGCCACCUAGAGAAAUUUGCAUACACACCCUAGAAAUUUAAAUGCUCAUUGGGUUAAAUGAAAGUACAGUAGUAUCAUUCAAAGAAGGAUUUUGAACUAAAUAAGCUAAAAAUCUUUAAAAUUUUCCUGGGCGCUUUUGCCCUCUUACAAUUACCCCCAACCCUGUCUCUACUGAUGACUGUGCACCUCGCUCUCUUUCUCUCUUCUCAAUUGCCAGCACACACACCCUCCCUCCCCCGGAGCAAAAUACUGUAUGUUUGUGCUUGAAGCAUAGAUUAGCACCGGCCGGUGCAACUUUUAUACCUGCCUAAGGUUGGGUUCAGGUGAUCUAAUCUUAUCCCUACCUAGGAAGUAGCCCAGGCUUGCCAAGUGAAAUGUCUGGUAUUAGACAAAACAAAACUCUCUGGGUUUGUUAGGCAAGAAUGAAGUAACUUUGGAAUUCCAUCAACAUGAUGAUGCAGAGAUUGCAUUGAUGGAAAUGAGAUUUUAUGUCCCUCCAAGUAACGAUGGCACUGAUGCUGACCCAGUGAAGGUGAGAUUGUAACAAACUUGCAGCAGACUUGUAGCGAUGCUGCUCCAACAACUUGUCAACAGGAUGUGUUCGCACUGGUUGUUUUCAGCUUGUUGACAAGGUUGUUGAGCUCAACAGUCUUGUUACAAGUUGUUCCAGCAACUUGUUAUCGUCCUGCAAUUAAACAAUUUGUCAACAAGUUGUGACAUGUAGCAACUUGAUUAAAUAACAGCAUUGUUGACAAGUUCGCUGCUGCGAACACAUUUUGUUGACAAGUUGUGAGAUUUUUAUGUGUAUAGAUCAGAACAUGUUUUGCUGUAUCAAGUAAGAUUAUAUAUUUUCAUUUGUGUAGACAUUUCAUGAGAAAGUUCUUGCACAAGCUGACGUCAUUCAAGCGACAGGAGAUGCAAUUGUUACUUUUGAAGAAGUUACAAUAUUAACACCAAGGUUAGAUGCUGCCUGUAUGCAGGCUGGGGGCCCCCUUUUGCCGGUCCUGCUUCUGUAUAUAUACUUCAUACAUCUUUAUUGUUUCUAGAGGACGUUAUACGACCAAGAUCUAUCCAAGUUUCUUACAACUUCAUGGCAAAACUUACGACUACAAGAUUCCUUAUACAACAAUCUUGAGAAUAUUUCUUCUACCUCACAGAGAUAAUAGAUUUGUAUUCUUUGUGGUAAGAAUGGUGGUGUUUGUGGAAACAUUAUUGUGGCAAAUUAAAUGAAGCAAUAUAUACAGUAUCAUACUGUACAUCAGAAUGAAUAUAUUAACCCAUUGAGUGCCAGUACUCCUUGAUGAGUAAAAUUGUUUGGCAUUAGACAGUGUAAAAAAAUAAAGUAGGCUGUAUUAAUUGGUGUGCAAUGUAACUCAAUGGGUUAAGUGUGUGAGAAAUGUGUUGAAUAACGAGUUUCUAGUAAAUAUCUUGUUUUGUUUAGAUCAGUACAGAUCCACCAAUUAAACAAGGCCAAACAAGAUAUCCUUUCAUUAUCUUUCGUUUUGACAAAGAUGAAGAAGUUGAGGCGAAACUUAACUUGACAGAGUAAGUGAGAAAAGUUACGGUUGCCAUUGAGUAAUUUUAAAAAGAACAAAGCAAUAAACACUCCGAAAAUAGUUAACAUUUUAAGUGGGAGAAUCCAGAGUAACAUUAAAAUAAACCGUCUGUGUCAGUGUACUGUAGGUAGUGAGAAGAAAGCCAGAAAAUUUGCAGAUUGCGAGACAUUCAACUACCUGAAUAUUACAGUAAAACCUCAACGUUUCGAGCUCUUUCAACUUCAAGAGCCUUGUAUGUUUCAGGUAGUUGAAGCCUUCUCAAUAUGCAGCUGGCCAACAUCAAAAUUUGACCAUUAGCCAAGAAAGAAUAUCUGGGUUCCCGACCCUACCUAGCUUUUGGACACUGAAAUCAGCGACACUAUCUAGCUUUUGGCCACUGAAAUCAGCGACACUGAUCUUUUUAUCUGAAGUUUGCGAAGAUCUUGGAGCAGUUUGUACACAUUCCACUGACUAUGUUUUUUUGCAUAGGGAGGAACUCACAGAAAAAUAUAAAUCAAAAUUAUCAUCUGAAAUGAAUGGUCCUAUACAUGAAGUAAUGAGCAGGCUUGUUAAAGCAGUCACAGGAAGAAAAAUUACGAUACCUGGAACUUUUAAAAGGUAUUUGCGUGAUAGAAUUUACUGCUAGUUUCACUUUUGCUCCAAUGAGCUCGUUUUCAUGCUUGCCUGUUUUAGCAUGCCGGACGCAUGUGAAGGUUGUAGCCUCGUGUAGCCUGCAAUCGGCCAAUUCUGCUUAAAAAUCGGGCAAAGGGAAACACGACGCUUCCAAAAGUUUAUGACUUGGUGGGAAAAUUUUUGUCAGCCACCCUAUUUUUUUCCUCCCGUACACCUUUGAUAUCUAUAGUGUUAUUGUUAAUUUUGAAAGGUUCCAGUCCUAGUUAUCAAGAUAUGAUGAUCUGGAAACUUAACAGAAGUCAUUGUGUGAUAAAUUUUUGUCGGAGUUUAUGUUAAUUUGUGCACAGUCACGGUGAUUAAGCUCAUUGUUUUUUUCGUAUGAUGAAGUAACUGUCCAAUAGGAAUAGCUGAGAUGAAACAUGCAACCACGAUGAAUAAUAUUUAAUGAAGUUUUUUUUAAAAUUUUCCCCAUGUACAAUAAAUUUAUGUGUAGUAUAUUUACAAUAUCUGUAGAGUGCGGGCUAGAGACCUACUAGAAAUCUUCGUAGUCUUUUUAUUUAGGUCUCUAGUUAUGCUAGUUUGUAUUAUAUUAUGUAAUAAAUUAUUUACAGUCAAUCACAAUAUUAAAGGAAUAUAUAUGUAUUUACAAGAGAGAGAGAGAGAGAGAGAAGAGAAAUUGUUCUUAUUAUAGAAGUGAAUACCAAUGUUGUAGAUGCAUUUGGGUUCUUAUAAGAAUUAGACUACAAUAUACUAUUAAUUUUGUCAAAGGAUUUGUACAGGGUGAGGCAAGGCUGCAAAUAAAUACUUGACUUGACAGGACAUUUGUCCGAUCACUUCUAAUUUUGGUCGGACAUAACUUGGAUUUGGUCGGGCAAACACGAGACAAGUAUGUCACGAGACAAGUAUGUAUAGCCAUACCGGCGCAACGUUAAGCAAAAUGCUGGAAUGCCUCGCAAAUUUUAUUACAAAAUGCAAAUUGAGUGAAUUUGCAAUCGGAUUUUGUCACAGCAAAAAAUGUAUAAUGUGACAAUUUUUUGUGUUCGGACCAAUGUCUGAUCAAAACUAAUUUUGCUCGGACAUUUGCCAAAUUUAGUCGGACAUUGUCCGAUGUCCGACAGUAAUUUGCAGCCCUGUGAGGUACAGUUCAACAUCAAACAAAGGUCUUCUAUUUUGUUGAAGUUUGCCCGGUUUCCAGACCAUCCUAUCUUGACAGACUAUGUUCCAUUAUACUAAAACAUUGUUUGUGAUUUAGUAAUGGGUCGUUCAGCAACAUAUCAUGCAGUUAUAAAGCUGGCAGCGGUUUCCUCUACCCACUAGAACGAGGCUUCAUGUUCGUCCCCAAACCUCCAGUUCAUAUUCGUUUUGAUGAAAUCUCUUGCGUCAAUUUUGCUCGUGUGCAAAGCGGGGGCGGGACGUCGAGCAGAUCUUUUGAUUUUGAAGUGGAACACAAGAAUGGCAAUGUCAUUACCUUCAGCAGUAUUGAUAAGUAAGUGACAGGAAUAUUAUGAUUAAUGCAAAUUACUGUCUUAGAUGUACUAGUGUAUUUACAAAAUGAGCUUUAUUUGCAAUAUGGCUUGUGAAACGUCUUGGUGAAAACAUUCGUAUUCUUCAAUAGUUUUAUAAUAAAUUAGGGGUGCACCGGAUUUGGAAUUUUCAAAUCCGGCCGGAACCGGAUUUACCGGAUUUGGACAAAAAUUCCGGCCGGAUUUGCCGGAUUUGAGAUAAACCGGUAAUGGGGACAAUUGGGGAUAAAUCAGUAUUCAAAAUGACGGUUUAUGUUUUUUACUAUUUUUAGUUAGUGUCAGUUUAGAUUUUUGAUUGUGUUUAAACCUUUUUUAAACAUCUUUUUGUUAAUAACUUAAUAUUUUAUAAUAAUAUAAGUGGUUUUUUAAACUUUAAAGCUGCCAAAUUGAUGGUUUAUCCCAUUCUUGGUGAAUUUUUUAUGGUGAAAACAGAAAUUUAAAUCCGGCCGGAUUUUCUCCAAAUCCGGCCGGAUGCCGGAAAAUUGGUUAAAUCAAUUCCGGCCGGAUUUGAAAUCCGGUGCACCCCUAUAAUAAAUGAAUGAUGUUUGGUGAGGAAAUUGAACUUAAAGUUUAUGUAAAUCAGCAUGAUUUCUGUAUCAGAUAUACAAAGUCCUUCACACUCGUGAUUUCUUUUGUGUUUUCUUCAUGAAUUAUUAGUAAGUCGCACAAGGUUAAUCUUUCUUCUUUGAAAGAAGAAUAUAAAGUAAAUUUUUGCAUCUGUAUUUUUUUAAUAUAGAGAAGAAUACAGCAAGUUGUUUGACUUUGUUAGCGCGAAGAACCUCAAAAUUAAGAACAAAGGAAUUAAGGCAAGCAUGUAUUCAAAUUGUUACCGUCCUUUAUACGGUCGGAUGGUGAUUUUUUCAAGCUUGUUAAAGUUCAGUAUUUAUAAGUUAAAGGUUUUAUACCACAUGCGGGGUUCAUAUCUGUGGUUUUCAGGUAUUUUAACAAAGGUUGAAAACAUCACUAUCCAUGAAGCUUCAAAUUAAUUUCAAAGAAAGUUCAAGCAGGACAUUGAAAUCAAAUUUCGUUUUGCAGAAAAAAGUGAGAACGUCGGGAGAUUACUCUGGGUCCGACGAAGAAGAACAUGACGCGUACCUGGAACAGAUGAAGGCUGAGGGAGCUGAGAGGAAUGACGAUGAUUCAGACUCUGAAGGUACGGGCAGAGAGAUACCCCAGUUCCGGUUUGGUAUCGCCAUUUUCUUUACCAUUUUUUGCUGGUGUCAGCAUGUCUACCCGUUCUAGCCGUUUCCCCACGGGUAUGGGUGUUUCUGUUCACUAUUUCUAGGGCGUCUAAGUAUUAAAAUACUUCAACAUCUUAUGUAAAUAAAUCGAUGCGCAUUUGCUCGUCAAUUUUUCCCUAAUCUAUGAUGAACCUCAACAACGAAAGUUACCAUUCUCUGGGUCGUGCCAGUUUUCAUCUCUCAUUCCAACGCUUUAAGAUAUUAUUGGGGGGGGGGGAGUUGCCCCCCUUCCCCACCCCUCUGCUUGCAUCUGACAAAAACCAUUGUCAGUUGGAAAACACCUUUCCUAAAUGAUAGCUCUGCAAAAAAUUCUAUUUCUUUUAAGAUGCUUCUGACGCGUCUUUCAAUCCUGGAGACGAAGAGGAUAAAGAAGUUAGAGAAGAGUAUGUACCAGGGCGUAUUUUUUUUUUAAAUCUAAAGCUCGCAUGAAACGAGGAUAAGAGUGUAUGAGAGUUGUCACGAGAGCUUGGUUAGCUGUUCUUAAUGCUUUCCCAACACUAUCAUGUAUUCUGUUGAAGAAAUAUUAGGUCUAAGCAAAGUAUAAAAUUCACACCCGAAAUUUCUAUCUAUACAAAACCCUUCUACAUCUUAACUAGAUAUGCUAGCGAUGUAUCACCCACGGAGAGCGAGGACGAGUCUGGCGGCUCUGGAGACGAAGGCAAGUCCAAGAAGAAAGAAAAGGGAAAAAAGAAAGUUCCCGAGGAAAAAAAGAAAGCUCGCGAAGAAAAAGCAAAGAAAGAAAAGGUGAUUUUAUUAUUUUAUUUUAUCAAAAUGCUUGGCUAAUGAGUGGGAGUGUGCUAUAAUCAUCCUUACUUGCAGCUGAGAGCUAAGCUGAACUACGAAGGACGCAGCUCAACCUUCUAGUUCUCACCGUGUGAGUUGCGCCUGAUCAUGGAGCACACGCAAGCUACGUACGUAAAACACACAUCCUGUAACAAACUGUAGCAGUCUUAGCAGCCUUAUUUAUCAACACAAUCACCUACUCAGAAUAAUGGUCCUGUCAUCUGUUGCCCAGCUAGGAACGUUAACUGAAGCCCAUUAAUUAAGCAAGAUGGGUUUCCUUCAAAUGGUCCCCGACAUUACAAAUUUUAAAGACUAAAUUUUACUGACAUUAAGUUACUACUAAUGGCCGUUUUUUUCAUUUCAGAAAGAGAAAGAAGUGAAGCCGGUGAAGUCGAGAAAGCGAGCAAAGAAAGAUCCUAACGCUCCCAAGAAAGCGCUCUCUGCGUACAUGUUGUGGUUGAAUGCAACACGAGAAGAAAUUAAGAAGGAUAAUCCUGGGAUCUCAAUCAUAGAGCUGUCUAAAAAAGCUGGAGUAUUAUGGAAAGCUAUGGAUGAUAAGACAGUAUGUUUUGUUUUGCAAAUUAAGCCUCGUUUACAUCUAUAUCAAAGUCUCUGUGAUCAUAGUAGGAAUUUUGCAAAAAAAUUGAAGUUUUGAAGAAUUGGUAAGAAAUGUUUCAGGGAACUUAUCCAUUCAUGUUUCGCUCGCUACUCUGGUUUAAAUAAAUGAUUACAAAGCCCAGUCGAAUUGUAAUCAAGACCCAACUUUUCGACACGUCACCUAUCUUUAGAUCACCCCUGAUGAAGAUACUAGACUGGAGUGUCGAAACGUUGGGUCUUGAUUACAAUUCGACUGGGCUUUGUAAUCAUUUAUUUAAACCAGAGUAGCGAGCGAAACAUGAUUGAUAUACCUGGUUGCAGUGAACGAACAAACGUUAAACUUAUUCAUUGUUUAACACUAAGUUAGUUCCUUCAAACAUUUCUUACAAAUCCUUCAAAACUUGGAAUUUACCCAUGCACAAAAUUCCUACAGUAGCCUAUUGAGGUUUUUGAAUAAAGGAAUAAAUAAAUAAAGGACGAUUUUAAUGUUGCUUUUCAGAAAUGGAACAAACUCGCGGCUGAAGCUAAAGUGAAAUAUGAAGAAGAAAUGAAGGAAUAUAAAAAAAAUAAAGUGGAUGAUGAAGCUCCUUCCAAAAGGUAAAGCAUUGUUUGGACACGUCUGUUUCUUUUCAAACUUUGGACAAAAAAUCUAUUUAUCCAAGACAAGAUUUCUGGCUAUUUAAGUUUAUAAACAAGCUGUUGGAAAUAUUGCUUUGAAAUGUUUCGUUAACCUAGGAUUAAGUUAACCUAGGAUUAAGUUAACCUAGGAUUAAGUUAACCUAGGAUUAAGUUAAUCUAGGAUUAAGUUAACCUAGGAUUAAGUUAACCUGGGAUUAAGUUAACCUGGGAUUAAGUUAACCUAGGAUUAAGUUAACCUAGGAUUAAGUUAACCGGCGGCUUUUGAACAACCGGUCCCUGGUAUAUGCAUGCACGCCAUUGCACGGUAUAUUUGGUUAGAAAUCCCAAUUUAUUUUUAUUUAUAAUUUAAUAAUCUGUCAGGACGAACUUCGCCAAAAAAAGGCAAUUUGUCCGUAGCACAGACUACGCUCUCCGUAGUUCUUUUUGACAGAGAAGAAAGUAUCAGGCAUAAUUUGCCAUGUCGGUAUAGAUCCCAUUAUUUCAUCUGUAUAGUUCGUCUUUACACGCAUAAAAUGUUUGUAGUACCAAUUAGAUCACUAUAUUUUAACAGUGUCAGUCCAAAGAAGGCAAGCAAGAAGGUGUCGUCAAAACCGCCUCAAGAGGAUCCCGGGAAAUACAAGAGUGCGGAGUUUGUUGAGACAGAUGAGAGUAGUUCUGAGGAUGACAAACCUAAAAAGAAAUUAAAACGAAACAAGAAAGAGGUGAGGUUUGAAGCUUUUAGAUUUAUUUUACCAAUCUGUUAUCGGUAUAUGCCCUAUUUAAUAUAUUGAUCCAUUUCUACCCUCCAGACACCCUCAAAAUCCCCUGCGAGUAAAAAAUCCAAGAAAGAAGAAAAAGAAUCCGAGGAGGAACAUGAAGAAUCCGGGGAAGAAUCUAUGUCGGAAUGA